CUAGAGAAAGGAGCUGCCUGUUAAUCUCUGUGAACCACAUUCACCAGAGCUGGAGUCUCAGUACUUCCACCCGCACAGGCAGCCUCUGGCCCGAAGUGCAAAGAGAAGUGGGGAAACUCAGGCUGGGAUCUGUCCCAGCUGGGAAGAAGGAAAGAGAGGGAACCGUGUCUCAUUUUCCUGCCCGUUAAAUCUCCUGCACCAUGGCAGAAGGAGCGGAGGGAGAAGAGGAAAUCCAGUUCUUACGAACAGAUGACCAGGUGGUUCUACAGUGCACAGCUACUAUCCUGAAGGAGCAGAUCAAACUCUGUCUGUCCUGUGAGGGUUUUGGGAAUCGCUUGUGUUUUCUGGAAACUACAUCCAAUGCUCAGAAUGUUCCUCCUGAUCUGGCGAUAUGCUGCUUUAUCCUGGAGCAGUCGUUAUCUGUGCGGGCCCUUCAGGAAAUGCUGGCUAACACAAAUGAGCUUAAUGAGGCAGUCGAUUUGGAUAAAUGGUCUUCACAAGGAGGAGGCCACCGCACGUUGUUGUAUGGCCAUGCCAUCCUUCUCAGACACACUCACUCUGGCAUGUACCUCAGCUGUUUGACAACAUCAAGGUCACUCACAGACAAGCUGGCCUUUGACGUGGGCUUGCAGGAGGACUCGACAGGUGAGGCAUGUUGGUGGACAAUUCACCCUGCAUCCAAGCAGAGAUCAGAAGGUGAGAAGGUCAGGGUGGGCGAUGAUCUCAUCCUGGUCAGUGUGUCCUCUGAGAGAUAUCUGCACCUGUCCUAUGCCAGCGGAGACCUCAUGGUGGACGCUUCUUUCAUGCAGACCCUUUGGAACAUGAACCCAGUCUGUUCUGGCUGUGAGCUGGCAGAGGGGUAUCUGACUGGAGGGCAUGUUCUGCGUCUUUUCCAUGGGCACAUGGAUGAGUGUUUAACAAUUCCUGCUGCUGACCAGGGUGACGACCAGAGACGAAAUGCACACUAUGAAGGUGGAGCCGUGUGCAGCCAUGCCAGAUCUCUCUGGAGACUGGAGCCUCUUCGCAUUGGUUGGAGUGGUAGCCACAUGAAGUGGGGUCAAUCCUUCAGGGUGCGUCACAUCACAACAGGCAGGUAUCUGUGCCUGGAUGAAGAGAAAGGACUUCUGCUUGUGGACCCGGAAAAGGCGAAUACGAAGAGCUCUGCUUUCUGCUUUCGUGCUUCUAAGGAGAAGACCGAGGUGGCUCAGAAACGUGAUGUGGAGGGAAUGGGGAUCCCAGAGAUCAAGUACGGAGAGUCCAUGUGCUUUUUGCAGCAUGUCUCUACCAGCCUGUGGCUCACAUAUGCCUCGGUGGAUGCUAAGUCUGCUCGGCUGGGGCCACUGAAGAGAAAGGCUAUACUGCAUCAGGAGGGUCACAUGGACGAUGCUCUGACUGUGGCCCGCUCUCAGACAGCAGAAUCCCAGGCUGCUAGGAUGAUCUACAGCACGGCGGGACUCUUCACUCAGUUUAUUAAGGGUCUGGACUCUUUGAGUGGAAAGAGUAAAUCUCCAUCCCCAUCUCUGCCUCUAGAUGCCAUAGUUCUGUCCUUGCAGGAUCUCAUCUUCUAUUUCCGCCCUCCAGAGGAGGAGCUGGAACAUGAGGAGAAGCAGACCAAACUGCGGUCUUUAAGGAACCGUCAGAAUCUAUUUCAAGAGGAGGGCAUGAUCACUCUCGUAUUGGACUGUGUUGAUCGGCUGAAUGUCUACAACACUUCGGCCCACUUCUCAGAAUUUGCUGGAGAAGAUGCAGCUGAGUCCUGGAAAGAGAUAGUCAACUUAUUUUAUGAGCUGCUGGCAUCUCUGAUCAGAGGAAACAGGGCAAACUGUGCUUUGUUCUGUGAUAAUCUUGACUGGCUGGUCAGCAAACUGGAUCGUUUAGAGGCAUCCUCAGGCAUUCUGGAGGUGCUGUAUUGUAUCCUUAUUGAAAGCCCUGAGGUGCUUAACAUCAUCCAGGAGAACCACAUCAAAUCUAUCAUCGCGCUUUUGGACAAACAUGGACGCAAUCACAAGGUUCUAGAUGUCCUCUGCUCUUUAUGUGUUUGUAACGGUGUUGCCGUGAGGUCCAAUCAGAAUCUGAUCACUGAGAAUCUGCUUCCAGGCCGUGAUCUCCUCCUGCAGACCAAUAUCAUCAAUUAUGUCACCAGUAUGAGACCCAACAUUUUUCUGGGCACGUGUGAAGGCUCUACACAGUAUAAGAAGUGGUACUACGAGUUGAUCGUAGACCACGUGGAGUCAUUCCUGACCGCUCAGGCGUGUCACCUUCGUGUUGGCUGGGCUUUGACGGAGGGCUAGCCCUACCCUGGAGGAGGAGAGGGAUGGGGGAGCAAUGGAGUUGGAGAUGAUCUUUUCUCAUACGGCUUUGAUGGGCUACAUCUGUGGACAGGUCGCGUACCACGUCAGGCGACGUCGCCCAAUCAACACAUUCUCGCGGCUGAGGAUGUAGUGAGCUGCUGUUUGGAUCUGAGCGUGCCCAGCAUCUCCUUCCGUGUUAAUGGACAUCCUGUUCAAGGCAUGUUCGAGAACUUCAACCUCGAUGGUCUGUUUUUCCCUGCGGUCAGCUUCUCAGCUGGGGUCAAAGUUCGGUUUCUCCUUGGCGGGCGGCAUGGAGACUUCAAAUUCCUCCCUCCUCCAGGUUAUGCCCCAUGCUAUGAGGCAGUUCUGCCCAAAGAUAGGCUGCGGAUUGAGCCUAUUAAAGAGUACAAGCAUGACUACAAUGGUGUCCGGAACCUUCUGGGGCCGACCCAGUCCCUCUCCCACACUGCCUUCACUCCCUGCCCGGUGGACACUGUGCAGAUUGUUCUUCCUCCUCACCUAGAGCGUAUCAGAGAGAAACUGGCUGAGAACAGCCACGAACUGUGGGCCGUCACUCGAAUUGAGCAGGGCUGGACCUAUGGACCAUUUCGUGAUGACAACAAGAAGUUGCAUCCUUGUCUAGUGGACUUCCAGAGCCUUCCGGAGCCUGAGAAGAACUACAACUUGGCAAUGUCUGGAGAGACACUGAAGACUCUUCUGGCCUUAGGUUGUCACGUAGGCAUGGGUGAUGAGAAAGCAGAGGAGAACUUGAAGAAGAUCAAACUUCCUAAAACGUAUAUGCAAAGUAAUGGAUACAAACCUGCUCCUCUGGACCUCAACCAUGUAAAACUGACACCCAAUCAGAACACACUUGUGGAAAGGCUGGCUGAAAAUGGACACAAUGUCUGGGCUCGAGACCGUGUCCGCCAAGGCUGGACUUACAGCAUUGUUCAGGACAUUGUGAACAAGCGCAACCCCCGUCUUGUGCCAUACAUUCUCCUGGAUGAAAAGACGAAAAAGACCAAUCGUGACAGUGUGUGUGCCGCAGUACGAACUCUGAUUGGCUAUGGCUACAAUAUUGAGCCACCUGACCAGGAAAGCAGUGGACAUGGGGUUGGCAGUGGCCGAAGUGAUAAGAUCCGUGUGUUCAGGGCAGAGAAAUCCUACGCCAUGACCCAGGGGAAAUGGUACUUUGAGUUUGAGGCUGUGACAGUGGGAGAGAUGAGAGUUGGGUGGGCAAGACCAAAUGUCCAAGCAGACAGAGAGCUGGGAUCAGAUGAUCUAGCCUAUGUCUUCAAUGGGUUCAAGGCUCAGCGUUGGCACAUAGGGAAUGAGCCAUUUGGCCGUCAGUGGCAGUCUGGUGACGUGGUGGGCUGCAUGAUCGACCUGACGGAGCAGAACAUCAUGUUUACUCUGAAUGGAGAGAUGCUCAUCAGUGACUCUGGAUCUGAAAUGGCCUUCAAAGACAUUGAGAUCGGAGAAGGGUUCAUCCCUGUAUGCAGUCUGGGUUUGUCCCAGGUGGGCCGUAUAAACCUCGGGCAGAAUGUGAGCAGCCUGCGUUACUUCACAAUCUGUGGCCUGCAGGAAGGUUUCGAGCCCUUUGCUAUCAACAUGAAGAGAGAUAUUACCAUGUGGUUCAGCAAAAGCUUGCCCCAGUUUGUGCCUGUACCAACAGACCACCCUCAUAUUGAGGUGUCCCGUGUAGAUGGAACGGUGGAUAGCGCCCCCUGUCUGAAACUGACUCAUAGGACGUUUGGAUCUCAGAAUGCCAACACGGACCUUCUGUUCUUUAGACUCAGCAUGCCCAUAGAAUUUCACGAAUCCUUCAAGGUGCCAGUGGGAGCUUCACCCCUCACCCGAACCCUCACUAUCCCUGAGGACGAGGCUCUUGAGAUAGAUCCCGAAUCUGAGUUUGAACUCCUGAAGAAGUCAGCCACUCGUAAGGAGCAAGAUGAGAAAGAAAAAGAGCCUUCCGUCCCUAAAGAGAUUCCUGGCAGCAACCAGGGUGAAAACGAGAAGGACACCACCACAGAGAAGAGCAAAAAGAGAGGGUUUUUUUCCAAGGCGAAGAAGGCAGCGUUCACUCCACCACCAGUGGUUCCAACAGUGCCUCGUCUGAUGGAGGACGUUGUCCCGGAUGAUCGAGACGAUGCUGAUAUUAUCUCAAACACAACAACCUAUUAUUAUUCAGUCCGAGUAUUUGCCGGACAGGAGCCCAGUGGAGUAUGGGUAGGCUGGGUCACUCCUGACUACCACCAGUACGACCCACACUUUGAUCUGGGUAAAGUCAGAAAUGUAACUGUUACGGUUGGGGACGAUAAAGGCAACAUUCAUGACAGUGUAAAACGCAGCAACUGCUACAUGGUGUGGGGAGGAGAGUUCAGCAGCUCGCAGCAAACACGCAUCAGCCAGGAGGACUUCGUAAUUGGCUGCUUGGUGGACCUGGACACAGGACUGAUGACCUUUACAGCCAAUGGGAAAGAGAUCAAUGCUUUCUACCAGGUGGAACCCAACACUAAGCUCUUCCCUGCUGUGUUUUGUUUGCCAUCAAGCCAAAACAUGUUACAGGUGGAACUCGGCAAACUAAAGAACAUUAUGCCCAUCUCUGCGGCCAUGUUCCGCAGUGACCAUAAGAACCCAGUCCCUCAGUGUCCUCCCAGGCUAGAUGUCCAGAUGUUGACACCUGUCAUAUGGAGCCGGAUGCCUAAUCACUUUUUGUCCCCUGAAACUGGCCGCGUGAGUGAGAGGCAGGGCUGGAAGGUGCAAUGCAUGGAACCUCUCGUUAUGAUGGCGUUGCACAUUCCAGAAGAAAGCAGGUGCAUUGACAUCCUGGAACUGUCGGAGCGCACUGACCUGAUGAAGUUUCAUUACCACACUCUGAAACUGUAUGGUUCUGUCUGCGCUUUGGGCAACAACCGCGUCGCACACGCCCUCUGCAGCCAUGUGGACGAAUCGCAGCUCUUUUACGCCAUCGAGAACACCUACCUGCCCGGCCCCAUCCGCAGCGGAUAUUACGACCUGCUCAUCUCCAUGCACCUCGAAUCCGCCAAGCGUAACCGUCUCAUGACCAAUAAAGAGUUUAUUGUGCCCAUGACGGAUGAGACGCGUAGCAUCACCCUCUAUUCAGAUGCUGAGAAGGCCCAUGCGCUACCUGGGGUCGGGCUCACCACCUGUCUGCGCCCCAAACUUCACUUCGCCCCAACUGGGUUUGUGGGCACUAAUGCAGACAUCUACACCCUCAGCCCCAUCCUACCUCUACAGAUGCUUAAGGACCAUGCCCUCAGCAUGCUUACCGAAGCCGUGCAGGAUGGUGGGCAGGCCAUGCGGGAUCCUGUAGGGGGCAGCGUUGAGUUCCACUUCGUGCCCAUCCUAAAGCUCAUCAGCACUUUGCUCAUAAUGGGCGUGUUUGACGACAACGACGUCAAGCACAUCCUAAAGCUGAUCGAACCAUCUGUCUUCAGUGAUGGAGAGAGCCACGCUGAAGAACUGGAGGCCGCCAAAAUUGGAGAUGCUGAACAACAGCUGGUCAGCAAAGAGGAAGGAGUGGAGGUAAAAGAGAAAGAGGAACACAUAGAGGGUGAAAAUGAGGGAGAACUGUUGGAUGAAGGAAUGGGAGAGGAAGAUGAAGAAGAGCUUGAGGAAGAGGAGGAUGAGCUUGAACCUGAGGAGGAAGAGGAAUAUGAAGAGCAGGCAGAAAAAGAAGGGAAGGAGGAUGAACAUGCUGCAGAAAAAAUGGACAGAGAGAAAACAACAGAUGGAGAAGCUGAGAAAGAAACUGGUGCGGCUGAGGCAGAAGUGAAGGAAGAGGAGGAUGUGGGAGAGGGACUGCUGCACAUGAAGCUUCCUGAGUCUGUUAAACUUCAGAUGUGUACCCUCCUGCAAUAUUUUUGCGACUGUGAGCUGCGUCACAGAGUGGAAGCCAUCAUCGCUUUCUCAGACAAGUUUGUCAACCAGGUGCAGACCAAUCAGAGACAGCGAUAUAAUGAGCUCAUGCAGGCCUUUACGAUGAGUGCUGCAGAAACAGCUCGCAAGACCCGCGAAUUCCGCUCCCCUCCACAGGAACAGGUGAACAUGUUGAUGAACUUUAAGAAUUGUCCAGAUGAGGAAGAUUGCUGCCCCGUUCCUGAGGAUGUCCGCAAUGACCUUCUGACAUUUCACCAUGACCUUUUGGCUCACUGUGGUGUGCAUAUUGAAGAGGAGGAGCAGGAAGAGGCGGUGGACACCUCUCUUCGUGGGCGCCUCUUGAGAUUGGUGCAGAAAGUUAAGAGCUUACGAAAGAAGCCGGAGGCUGAGCCUGAACCUGAAGAAGACAAAAAACCCAGUACUCUGCAGGAGUUGAUCUCUCACACCAUGAUCCAUUGGGCUCAGGAAUCUUUCAUUCAGAACCCUGAGCUGGUGAGGCUCAUGUUCAGUCUGCUACACCGGCAGUAUGAUGCCCUGGGUGAGCUGAUCCGAGCGUUGCCCAAAGCCUACACUAUCAACGCUGUGUCUGUGCAAGACACUAUGGAGCUACUGGAGUGUCUGGGGCAGAUCCGAUCCCUGCUUAUCGUUCAGAUGGGGCCAGAAGAGGAGAGACUGAUGAUCCAGAGUAUCGGAAAUAUUAUGAGUAACAGGGUAUUCUACCAGCACCCCAACCUGAUGAGAGCUUUGGGAAUGCAUGAGACCGUCAUGGAGGUUAUGGUGAACGUACUUGGAGGUGGAGAUUCAAAGGAGAUCAGAUUCCCUCGAAUGGUGACCAACUGCUGUCGUUUCCUGUGUUAUUUCUGUCGUAUCAGCAGACAGAAUCAGCGCUCAAUGUUCGAUCAUCUGGGCUACCUCCUGCAGAACAGUGGGAUUGGGCUGGGAAUGCGUGGCUCUACUCCUCUUGAUGUUGCCGCUGCAUCCUGUAUCGAUAACAACGAACUUGCUCUGGCUCUUCAAGAGCAAGACCUGGAGAUGGUGGUGAAGUAUCUGGCUGGUUGUGGCCUGCAGAGCUGCCCCAUGCUCUUAUCAAAAGGUUACCCAGAUAUUGGGUGGAAUCCAUGUGGAGGAGAGAAGUAUCUGGAUUUCCUGCGCUUUGCUGUAUUUGUUAAUGGAGAGAGCGUGGAGGAGAAUGCUAAUGUGGUGGUCCGGCUGCUGAUCAGGAGGCCUGAGUGUUUUGGUCCUGCGCUGAGAGGAGAAGGGGGCAAUGGUCUGCUUGCUGCCAUUGAAGAAGCCAUUAAGAUCUCAGAGGAUCCUGCAAGAGAUGGACCCACUGUUAAAAAAGAUAGACGCUUCCCGAUGUUUGGUGGUGAGGAGCAGCACGAGGAGAACAGAGUUCACCUGGGAAAUGCCAUCAUGUCCUUUUAUUCAGCUCUUAUUGAUUUGCUGGGACGCUGCGCUCCUGAAAUGCAUUUGAUCCAGGCUGGUAAAGGCGAGGCUUUGAGAAUCAGGGCCAUUCUUAGAUCUCUUGUGCCCAUUGAGGAUCUGGUUGGUGUGAUCAGCUUGCCAGUCCAGAUACCUGCUUUUGGAAAAGAUAACAGCGUCAUUGAGCCAAAGAUGUCUGCUAGUUUCGUGCCUGAUCAUAAAGCACCAAUGGUCCUGUUCCUGGACAGAGUUUACGGCAUUGACAACCAGGACUUCCUGUUGCAUGUACUGGAAGUGGGCUUCCUGCCUGACAUGAGAGCAGCAGCUUCCUUAGACACAGCUGCAUUCAGCACUACAGAAAUGGCCCUGGCUCUGAACCGUUACCUGUGCUCCGCUGUGCUUCCUCUCAUCACUAAAUGUGCUCCUUUGUUCGCCGGGACGGACCACCGUGCCAUCAUGAUCGACUCUAUGCUUCACACAAUCUACAGGCUGUCCCGAGGACGCUCUCUUACUAAAGCUCAGAGAGAUGUCAUUGAGGAAUGCCUCAUGUCUUUAUGCAGGUACCUACGUCCUUCUAUGCUCCAGCACCUCCUCAGGCGGCUGGUAUUUGACGUGCCGAUUCUGAACGAGUAUGCUAAAAUGCCCCUUAAGCUGCUUACUAAUCAUUAUGAGCGUUGUUGGAAAUACUAUUGUUUGCCCAAUGGCUGGGCUAACUUUGGCGUAUCAUCAGAGGAAGAGCUUCAUCUCACUCGUAAACUCUUCUGGGGAAUUUUUGAAUCUCUGGCUCACAAGAAAUUUGAUGCAGAACUUUUCAAAAUCGCCAUGCCUUGCAUAUGUGCGAUUGCUGGAGCAAUUCCUCCCGAUUAUGUGGACGCCAGCUACUCCUCCAAAACAGAGAAAAAGGCUUCUGUUGAUGCUGAGGGCAACUUUGACCCCAAACCUGUUGAUACCACUAACACUAUCAUUCCUGAGAAGCUGGAUGGUUUCAUUAAUAGAUAUGCAGAAUACACACAUGACAGAUGGGCUUUUGAAAAGAUCCAAAACAACUGGACAUUUGGUGAGGUGUUGGAUGAAAACGCCAAGACUCAUCCCAUGCUCAGGCCUUACAAAACAUUCUCUGAAAAGGAUAAAGAAAUAUACCGCUGGCCUAUUAAAGAGUCCAUCAAAGCCAUGAUUGCCUGGGAGUGGACAUUGGACAAAGCCAGAGAUGGAGAUGACGAGAAAACAGAGAAGAAGACCGCUCGCAAGAUCUCACAGACUGCUCAGGCGACCUAUGACCCCAGUCAUGGCUACAGCCCUCAGCCCAUUGACAUCUCAGGCAUGACACUGUCCAGAGAGCUACAGUCUAUGGCAGAGCAGCUUGCUGAAAACUACCACAACACCUGGGGCCGCAAGAAGAAAAUGGAGUUACAAGCAAAAGGUGGAGGAACACACCCUUUGCUUGUGCCUUACGACACACUGACGGCUAAAGAAAAGGCACGAGAUAGAGAGAAAGCAUACGAGCUGCUCAAGUUUCUGCAGCUCAAUGGAUAUGCUGUGACAAGGGGGCUCAAAGAUAUGGAAAGUGACAUUUCAUCUAUUGAGAAGCGUUUUGCAUAUGGCUUCCUACAGAAGCUGCUGAAGUGGAUGGACAUUGCCCAGGAGUUCAUAGCACAUCUUGAGGCAGUUGUCAGCAGUGGGCGUGUGGAAAAGUCACCGCACGAACAAGAGAUUAAGUUCUUUGCCAAGAUUCUUCUGCCUUUGAUAAAUCAGUAUUUUAAAAACCACUGCCUCUACUUCCUCUCCACGCCGGCCAAAAUCCUAGGCAGUGGCGGACACGCCUCAAAUAAGGAAAAAGAGAUGAUUGCAAGUAUCUUCUGUAAGAUGUCUGCCCUGGUGCGACACAGAGUGUUUCUCUUUGGUACGGAUGCACCUGCUAUUGUCAACUGCCUUCAUAUCCUUGCACGCUCACUUGAUGCCAGAACUGUGAUGAAAUCCGGGCCUGAGAUCGUAAAAGCAGGGCUGCGUUCGUUCUUUGAGAGUGCAGCUGAUGACAUUGAAAAGAUGGUGGAAAACCUCAAACUUGGCAAAGUGUCCAAAGGCAAUCAGCCAGUGAAAGGCGUGUCCCAGAAUAUUAACUACACCACAACAGCUCUGCUCCCUGUCCUCACUUCACUGUUUGACCAUGUCGCUCAGCACCAAUUUGGAGAUGAUGUUAUGCUGGACGAUUUGCAGAUGUCCUGCUACCGUAUCAUGUGUAGCAUCUACUCUCUUGGUACUGUAAAAACACCUCAUGCAGAGAGACAUAGACCAGCCCUUGGAGAAUGUCUUGCUCAUCUCGCUGCAGCCAUGCCUGUGGCCUACCUGGAGCCCAAUCUUAAUGAGUAUAAUGCAUUUUCAGUGUAUACUACCAAGACACCCAGAGAAAGAGCUAUCCUGGGCCUUCCAAGCAACGUCCAUGAGCUGUGUUUGGACAUUCCUGAGCUAGACAUAUUAUUGAAAGAGAUCGGAGACCUAGCUGAAUCAGGGGCUCGCUACACUGAAAUGCCCCAUGUGAUCGAGGUCACCCUGCCCAUGCUGUGUAACUACCUACCCCGCUGGUGGGAGAGAGGAAUGGAGAAUUUUCCCGAUUUGGAGGGUAAGCUGUGUACAGACGUCACCUCCGAUCACCUCAACCAGCUCUUGGGAAGUAUCAUGAAAAUUGUGGUCAACAACUUGGGAAUUGAUGAAGCUUCCUGGAUGAAGAGGCUUGCGGUGUUCUCCCAGCCCAUUGUGAGCCGAGCCAAACCGGAGAUGCUCAAAUCCCAUUUCAUUCCCACCAUGGAGAAGCUGAAGAAGCGUACGUCUAAAGUAGUGGCCGAGGAGGAGCACCUGCGUAUGGAGGGGAAAUCUGAGGGGGAUGAGGAGGAAGGAACUAUUAGAGAUGAAUUUGCAGUUCUCUGUAGAGACCUGUAUGCUUUAUACCCACUUCUCAUCCGCUAUGUGGAUAACAACAGAGCAAGAUGGCUGACGUGCCGUGACCCAGAUGCAGAGGAACUGUUCCGAAUGGUGGGCGAGGUCUUCAUCUUCUGGUCCAAAUCUCAUAACUUCAAGCGAGAGGAACAAAACUUUGUGGUGAUGAAUGAAAUUAACAAUAUGUCCUUCCUCACUGCUGACAGUAAGAGCAAGAUGAGCAAGACCGGGGACUCUGAGGCUGGUGGCUCGGAUGUGGAGCGUACCAAGAAAAAGAGACGGGGAGAUCGAUACUCUGUUCAAACGUCCCUCAUUGUGGCAGCCCUGAAGAAAAUGCUUCCCAUUGGACUUAACAUGUGCUCUCCUGCAGACCAGGAACUCAUUAACCUGGCCAAGACACGAUAUUCUUUGAAAGACACAGAUGAGGAGGUGAGAGAGUUCUUGCAAAAUAACCUGCACCUCCAGGGCAAGGUCGAUAACCCGUCUAUGCGCUGGCAAAUGGCACUAUAUAAGGAAAUGGCAGGAAAGGCAGAAGAUGCAGAUGCCCCAGAGAAAGUGGUGAAGCGUGUUCAGGAAGUCUCUGCAGUCCUCUACCACAUUGAAGUGACGGAGCACCCUUUCAAGUCCAAAAAGAUGGUUUGGCAUAAACUGCUGUCGAAGCAACGACGUAGAGCGGUGGUGGCCUGUUUCAGGAUGACUCCCCUUUACAACUUGCCCAGGCAUAGAGCAUCUAACAUGUUCCUGGAUGGCUACAAGCGGAACUGGAUCCAAACUGAAGGAUAUUCCUUUGAAGACAGAAUGAUUGAUGACCUGUCUAAAGCAAUGGAGGAGGAAGAAGAGGAGGAAGAGGAAAAGGAGACAAAGCCGGAUCCUCUUCAUCAGCUCAUCCUUCACUUUAGUCGCACUGCCCUCACUGAGAAGAGUAAAUUGGACAUUGAUUACUUAUACAUGGCAUACGCCGAUAUCAUGGCAAAGAGUUGCCACCUCAGCGAAGAAGAUGAGGGGGGAGAGGAGGAGGAGGAGGGGGGAGAGGAGGAGAUGUCCUUUGAGGAAAAAGAGAUGGAAAAGCAAAGACUCCUUUACCAGCAGUCACGUCUACACAACCGAGGGGCUGCUGAGAUGGUCCUACAGAUGAUUAGUGCCUGCAAGGGUGAGACAGGAUGCAUGGUCUCUUCUACCCUAAAACUUGGUAUUUCUAUUCUAAAUGGCGGGAACAGUGAGGUCCAACAGAAAAUGCUGGACUAUCUAAAAGACAAGAAAGAUGUGGGUUUCUUCCUCAGUGUCCAGGCUCUAAUGCAGACCUGCAGUGUUUUGGACCUGAAUGCCUUUGAGAGGCAGAAUAAAGCAGAGGGUCUAGGUAUGGUGUCAGAGGAGGGAACAAACAUGAAGCUAGAACGGGGUGAGAAGGUGAUGGCUGAUGAUGAGUUCACUUGUGACCUCUUCCGCUUUCUGCAGCUCCUCUGUGAGGGUCACAACAAUGACUUCCAGAAUUACCUCAGAACACAGACAGGCAGCACCACCACCAUCAAUGUCAUUAUUUGCACAGUGGAUUACCUGCUUAGACUACAGGAGUCGAUCAGUGAUUUCUACUGGUAUUACUCUGGUAAAGACAUCAUAGAUGAACCAGGCAAAAGAAACUUCUCUAAAGCUAUGACUGUGGCCAAACAGGUGUUCAACAGCCUUACCGAGUAUAUCCAGGGUCCCUGCACAGGCAACCAGCAGUCCCUGGCCCACAGUCGCCUGUGGGAUGCUGUGGUGGGCUUCCUGCACGUGUUUGCCCAUAUGAUGAUGAAACUGGCUCAGGGAAGAGAUUCCAGUCAGAUUGGUCUUCUGAAGGAAUUGUUGGACCUUCAGAAAGAUAUGGUGGUCAUGCUGCUGUCUUUGUUGGAGGGUAAUGUUGUAAAUGGCACCAUUGCUCGGCAAAUGGUGGACAUGCUAGUAGAGUCCUCCAGUAAUGUAGAAAUGAUCCUUAAAUUCUUCGACAUGUUCCUCAAGCUAAAGGACAUUGUUGCAUCUGACGCAUUCCGCGACUAUGUGACAGACCCCAGAGGUUUGAUUUCCAAGAAGGACUUCCAGAAAGCCAUGGACAGCCAGAAACAGUACACACCUUCAGAGAUUCAGUUCCUACUGUCCUGCUCUGAGGCAGAUGAGAAUGAGAUGAUUCAUUACGAGGAGUUUGCCAACCGGUUCCAAGAGCCAGCGAAAGAUAUCGGAUUUAACAUAGCGGUGCUGCUUACCAACCUUUCUGAGCAUGUUCCUCAUGAUACCAGGUUGCAGAACUUCCUCGAACAAGCUGAGAGCGUUCUGAACUAUUUCCGCCCAUUCUUGGGCCGCAUUGAGAUAAUGGGCGCCAGCAGGAAAAUUGAGAGAAUCUACUUCGAGAUCAGUGAGGUGAAUCGUAAGCAGUGGGAGAUGCCUCAAGUCAAGGAGUCCAAGCGGCAGUUCAUAUUUGAUGUGGUCAACGAGGGUGGUGAAUCGGAGAAGAUGGAGCUUUUUGUCAACUUCUGUGAGGACACCAUUUUCGAGAUGAAUAUUGCUUCACAGAUUUCAGAGCAGGAUGAGGAGGAGAGAGAAGAGGAUGAGGAGGAGGAACCUGAAGGAGGAGGUGGUGAUGAAGAGGGUGGUGGUGAGGAGGGCCAGUCAGAAUCAAGCUCUGCCUUUGCCGAUUUCAUCCAAAGCAUCAUGAAUUUCCUGGGCAUGUUCACCUUUAGGAAUAUUCGCAGACAGUACCGUAGGCUCAGAAAGAUGACCAUCAAGGAGAUUGUGGUAGGACUUGUUACCUUCCUGUGGACAAUCCUCAUGGGCAUCCUCCAUUUCAUUUACAGUGUGUGUAAAGGUUUCUUCCUGCUCAUCUGGCAUACACUUUUUGGAGGCGGUUUAGUUGAAGGGGCUAAGAACAUCACUGUGACAGAGUUAUUGGCCAGCAUGCCGGAUCCUACACAGGACGAGGUGCACGGAGACCUACCUGGAGAACCAAGGGGCGGAGAGGAGCAGGAUACUGGAGGGAUAACAGACUCAAUGGAAGCAGGAGGGGGAGAGGAAGAGGAUGAGGACAUCCAGGAAAAAGACGGUGGGAAGAUUCCUGGUAUCGAUACACCUGGUGGACUUGGAGAUAUGGGUGACACCACCCCAGUGGAACCACCAACUCCAGAGGGCACUCCAAUAAUGAAGAGAAAAAUGCAAUCAGAAGAAGCAGGACCUGAGCAACCUCCUGCUAUCGAAGAACCUCCUCCUGAACCUGAGAAAGCAGACACCGAGAAUAGAGAGAAGGCAGAGAAAGAAGCAGAGGUCAAGCCUGAGACAACACCAGAAGAACCAAAACCUGAGAAUGCCACCAAAGCAAAGAAAGAAAAGAAAUCAGCCAAAGGGGCAGGAUUUGAGCUCUGGAACGAGCUGGAUGUUCAAAGAAAUAAAUUCAUGAACUGUUUGUCCCGUAACUUCUACAACCUUCGUUUCCUGGCUUUGUUCAUCGCCUUUGCCUUGAACUUCAUUCUUCUGUUCUACAAGGUAUCUGAUAGUCCUCCCAAUUCUGAUGAGUUUGAAGGCUCAGGCAUGUUUGAAGGCUCUGGCCUGUUUGAAGGCUCUGGGGAGGACUUUGAUGGCUCUGGCAGAGAGGAUGGAGCCGAUGAUGAUGAUGAGGAAGGUCCUGUGUAUUAUUUCCUGGAAGAGAGUACCGGAUACAUGCAGCCCACUCUGUCCUGCCUGGCCAUUCUGCACACCGUCAUCGCUUUCAUAACAAUCAUCGGAUACAACUGCCUCAAGAUUCCACUGGUCAUUUUUAAGAGAGAGAAAGAGCUGGCGAGAAAGCUGGAGUUUGAUGGUCUUUACAUCACUGAACAGCCAGAGGAUGAUGACAUCAAAGGCCAGUGGGACAGAUUGGUGAUAAACACACCCUCCUUUCCCACCAACUACUGGGACAAAUUUGUUAAGCGAAAGGUUCUUGAUAAAUACGGAGAUAUUUAUGGACGUGAGCGAAUCGCAGAGCUGCUGGGUAUGGAUCUGGAAUCGCUGGAUGUCAGCAAACAGCAGACAGACAAGAAACACGAAGAGCCAGACAACUCCAUGCUUGCAUGGCUCACUGCCAUUGACAUCAAGUAUCAGAUCUGGAAGUUUGGAGUUGUGUUCACAGACAAUACUUUCCUCUACCUGGUGUGGUACACAGUGAUGUCACUUCUUGGACAUUACAACAAUUUCUUCUUUGCUUGUCACCUUUUGGACAUUGCAAUGGGUGUCAAGACCCUGCGUACAAUUCUGUCCUCCGUCACACACAAUGGAAAACAGCUGAUGAUGACUGUGGGUUUGCUGGCUGUGGUUGUGUACCUCUAUACUGUGGUGGCCUUCAACUUCUUCAGGAAGUUCUACAAUAAGAGCGAGGACGAGGAUGAGCCGGACAUGAAGUGUGAUGACAUGAUGACGUGUUAUCUGUUCCACAUGUACGUGGGUGUGCGGGCAGGUGGAGGUAUAGGAGACGAGAUUGAGGACCCAGCAGGGGAUGAGUAUGAACUCUAUAGGGUGGUCUUUGACAUCACCUUCUUCUUCUUUGUCAUCGUCAUCCUGCUGGCCAUCAUUCAAGGUCUGAUCAUUGAUGCUUUUGGUGAGCUGAGAGACCAGCAAGAGCAAGUAAAAGAAGAUAUGGAGACCAAAUGCUUUAUAUGUGGUAUUGGGAGUGAUUACUUUGAUACAACUCCACAUGGCUUUGAGACCCAUACGCUUGAAGAACACAACCUGGCCAAUUACAUGUUCUUCCUGAUGUACUUAAUCAACAAGGAUGAAACGGAGCACACUGGGCAGGAAUCAUAUGUGUGGAAGAUGUACCAGGAGAGAUGCUGGGAUUUCUUCCCUGCUGGAGACUGCUUCAGAAAACAAUAUGAAGACCAGCUUGGAUAAAUGCAAUUCUGUUUUGUACCUAGUUUUUAAACUAACAAAACUGUUGUGAUGUUAUACGACAACCCAUGUUUUAUGUACAUUUAUACUUAGAAAUGAUGUUCUAGACAUGCACAGUACCAUAUCAUCUGAACUGUUAUCCACUCAAAACGCAUGCUAUUUAUUCAUAGUAAGUUUUUGGGUAGUUUUUAAGUAUCUGCUCAUUUAAAAUGUUCAUGUUGCUUGGACCUCUUCUAAUGAUUCUUUAGUGUGUGUCACAAUAAGUUAUAACCAAGUACCUGAAAAGUACCUUUUGUUUCAUAAAUAUGACAAUUUUACUGUAUUUGAUGUUCUUGCAGUUUAUAAGCAUCCACUGCGUCCCACUUCAUAAUCACCUGGAACAUCAGAAUUGACUGUGAAAAAUUAAGUGAAUAAAAAAAUUUAAUCCAAA